UACAUUGUCCGUACAAUAUUCGGCUUCAUUUGGCCUGGAGUUCAACAAGGAAAAGUGAUUCACGAAUAUACAGUGUGGAAUUUGUUUACAUUUUUAACGUUGUCAUUAAAACAAAACAAAGUUAUCGGUCAGAGUUUAUUCUUUUAUUUUAAUAUUUCAGUUGUAGUGUGUUAUAUUAUACUCUGACUUUAGUUAGAUCUUUAAAUUUAUUGAAUUCUGUGGAAAAACUGGAAAUUAAUUAUGAGGGGUGUUCUCAAAGAAGGCGACAGUGAUAGAGUGUUUCUAUAACAAUGGCAAAUAUGAAAAAUCAAAAUAUCAGUGGAUAUCCUUUACAGGGCUCUGAAAAUGUGUUUGUAGGAUACGGCAAACAUCAGGUUAAUGUCAGUGUUUCUGAAAACAAGCCUCCAAUACCAGCUGGAAUGAGUAACUCAACAUCUCAUAUGUUAAGAAUGUUUGAUAACAAUGUGAAUCAAAUGCUUCAUGUGCAGCAACAACCCCAACUUCAGACAAUUCAAGGCCGAGAGAUCAUGAUAGGGGGGCAAAGACUGGCAGGUCCUGGCAUUGCCAGUCAAAUUCAUAGCCAGGGCAGUUACAUUACUAUUAAUGGAACUCACAAUCCAGUUAAUGGAGGGUCUGAAUAUUCAAGUCCAAGAUCUAGUGUAGGAAGUGCUGGAGAUUCAAAAAAUUCAAGUCCGCGUUCCAGCUUGAUACAUCAAUCACAACAGGCACCCCCACCCCCAUAUGAUGCAAGAUUUAGGAAUAGUAUAGCUAGUAAUUUAUCAAGUAUAAGUCUCGAUUCAAAUAGAAGCUCUCCAAGAACAAGUUUAGCAGGAGGGAUUAUUUAUGACAGAUUUCCAAGUCCUAGAAACUCUGUUGUUUUUCCACAUGAUGGUGGAAAUAUAAAUAUGAACAUAACUCAUCAAAGUUUAAAUAAUCGUAAUAGAUUCAAUGAAGCAGCGCCACCAUUUCAGAGUUACAUUGUGCGUCCGCCAGUCAUGAAUGGUCAGAUACUUAUAAAUCCAACUGCCGGAACUGUAAAUGUUCAUCAUAUUCCUAUUACUCAAAAUGGGAAUGUUCAGGCAAUGGUAGCAAAUACCACACAUCUUAAACCAAGGACUAAUGCGUCUCAAGUAUCACCACCUCCAGCAAUUCCAGCUAGAGUGCCAAAAAUUCAACCAGGAAUUCCACAAUCUCAAUCAGAAUCGGAAAUAGCUGCUUUGACGAAAAAGCUGGAGCAAGAUCUGCUCAUUUCGAUGAGUCCGUCAUCGUCACCCUUGCCUCGGGAGCCCCCGCCACCAUACCAUGGGCCACAUAAGACGGAACCAAUGCCAGGUCUUCCACCAAGAAAUACAACCCCUAAUUCUUUAAAUCGCAGUAAUGCACAAGUUCAUAUUAUGAGUGGAAGUGUUCCAAGGACUCAGUCUUCAUCAUCAGUACAUCCUUCAGUUGUUAGUAAACUUCAAUAUCAAGUAACACCGCCGAAACAAAAGGGACCAACAGAAGCUGAGCUGAAAUUAAAUGCUCUCACUCAGCAACUUGAAGAUGAAAUGGAAUCCUCCUCUGCUCAAGGGGAAUAUUUUGGUCAGUGUUUCAAGUGUUCAGAAAAAGUGACAGGUGCCAAUGAUGCGUGUCAGGCUAUGGGGCAUAUAUAUCACACAAAAUGUUUUACUUGUUGUUCAUGUGGUCGCACGUUAAGGGGGAAGGCAUUUUACAAUGUUCAUGGGAAGGUUUACUGUGAAGAAGACUAUUUAGUAAGUAUUUUAUAUAUAAAUACAACUAACAGUCAUUCAUUACCGAUUUACAGAUGGAUCCUGCAGGCGAUGGGAAAGUCAUAUCAUCCUGGAUGUUUCCGCUGUUGUAUGUGUAACGAAUGUCUCGAUGGUGUACCGUUCACUGUGGACAUGGAAAACAAAGUUUACUGUGUCGCAGACUUUCACAGGGUAUUUGCACCAAAAUGUGCGGCAUGUGGCCAAGCCAUUACACCAGUUGAGGGGACAGAAGAGACAGUCCGUGUAGUUUCUAUGGAGAAAAAUUUCCAUGUGGAUUGCUACCACUGUGAGGACUGCCAUAUACAGUUGACAGAUGAGCCGGACAAGCGAUGUUACCCAUUAGACGAUCACCUGUAUUGUCACAUGUGUCACAUCAAACGUCUACAUCUCGAAUAUCCAGAUGAACAGUUCUACAUCGACCCGUACACGUUCAAUAUUCUCAACAAAACAACGGGAAAUCAACGAGAUAGCAUCGCUAUCAUGCCAGCUCCUGUCUCAGCUUAUCCAAAUUAUACGAUGCUGCAGACAAUGGGCAGCCAAUCACAUGUCUCUGGAGGCGGCAUGGCUCCUCCCCCGCCAACUUCGAUGAGUGAGGCUCCUCCCCCUGUUCCGCCUCACAGGAAAAUUACAGCCAAUGGGUACGAUUCUUCUAGUCUGUAUGCAAAUAAACCCAUGCCACAAGUACCCCCAGGUGCACAUAAUGGAAUGAAGAAAACUAUAACUGACUUGUGAUAAUGUUGUUAUGUGAAUCAGUCAUAUUGAUUUUGUUGCUUUCUAUUCUUUUUUUUUUUAAACAAAAAGUCAUGGACACUUGUUUUGUUUCUUAUUUUCAAAGUGCUUGUUGUUUGCCUUAUUUAUUGUGACUCACUUGCAAUACGAUUCAUGACAUUUGUUGUUAAUUUUGUAUUCUGUGUUGGAAGGGUAAAAAAUAAUACUGUCAUAGAAUAUUUAAACGUUUUAAGGUGCAAUUUGAACCAUUAUAAAUAUAUAAAACUUAAAAUGAUUUGAGAAUAUAAAUACAUAUUAUUUUUUGAAGUUGAUCAGUUGAAAUUGAGUAUAUUCCAUGUGUAUGCAAAAGUCAUUAGAUUUUUGGGUUUAGCUCUUCUGUUGUUUUUUUUUACCAAAAAAUAUGAUGAGGGGAUGGUGUAAAGAGUUAAACAGCUAGCAGUACUAAGUGUGGUCAGAUGGCACUGACAUUGCAGACUGGCCUAACUUUAUACUGAUGGCAUAAACAGUUUAUUCCGAUAGUAUAGGCACUUAAUGCCAGCGACUUAUACAAUAAUACUGGAUGCCUAGACAGUAUUUACUGGGGUUAUAUAUUGGUGGUAUAGAAAUAUUCUUUUCAUCUCUACAAAAACCAUAUUGAUAUGUUGUUGAUGUACUAGUCAUUGGACAUCUUCAUUUAUGCAAAACAUCAAAAAAAUUCAAAUGUAACAAAGUGAAGAAAAUCAAAAUAUUUUUGUUAUUGUUUUUUUUUCGAUGAUUCAUUCUUUUUAUACCAUUGCUGUAUUUUACCUACAGUCAGAUGAAUUUAAAAGUCAUAGUUUCAACAACAGUUUAUCAAAAGAUGCUGCAAUAUCCACAAGUGUGAAACGUGUAAAUGCACAUAUAUUUUACCACCAGCUCACACAAGACAUCUGGCAUAUUAAGUGUUGUUUUUGUUGCGAGGGUUACAUUGUGUUUGUAUUUAUACAUUGAUAUGAAAUUGAAAGAUUAUGUUAUAAGGCAUGCAUGUUGUUAACAUUUAUUGGUAUAAAUUUUCUAAAGAUUUUGUAAAAAGUCUUCCAUUAAUUUAUAAUUGACAUUGUCAUAAUAUCAUAAAACCAUGAUUACCUUAGGAAUCACCAAAUUUAUAAAAUUUAUUUUUCAUUUAUUUACUAGAUUCUUUCAAGAACUGGCCACCAUCCCAACCCUAUACCUUAUCAACUACCCCACCCCUUAACCACCUGCUGGAAAUUCUUGAUAAUGUUCUAUAUCAUUGAAGUACGAAAUUUAUAAAAUAUUUAUAUCCCAAAUUCGCAAAACUCCAAAAGAAAAGAAACAAUACAUUAAGUUCAUCUUCACAUUAUUUUUUACAGGGUAUAUACAUUCUAUUUAUUAUUACAUCACAGGCAUGCAAGAAACAUUCAUUUAAUUUAUGUAUUUUAAUUCUAAUUCCAUAGUAUUGUAACUUAUCUAUGACUGCCAUGGAGCAGCCCUUUUGUAAACUAGCAUUGUUUAAAAAUCCAGUGUUCAAAAAGUAUUUUUAGGUUAUAUUUUUUCUUCUCUGCAUAUAUUGUUGCUGUGCAAUUGCUAUUUUUGUUAGGAUGUCACAUUUUAUAAAGCUCUUCUUAAAAGUUCUGUGUCCUUUUUAACUUGCCAAUCAUUGUCCCAUGCUAAAUAAUGUAAAAUCUCAAUUAUUUAUUUUCAAGAACAGUCUUAAGGUUUCAUAAUAAUUUUUGAUGUAACUUUUUUUU